CGUCGUUACCAUAUCCAUCCAUCCAUCCUAACCCUUAAACCCUCAUCCUUCCCUGCAAAACCCUUAAACCCUAAUGCUCCAUUCUCUCUAGCUUUUCUUGUGCCUUCUCCAUACGAAGCUUUCUUGCGGCCAUCCACCGCCGCCGGUAGCUGCUGUUCGACCGAGAAGUUGGAGGUUCUACUAUGCCUAUUAAGCUCCUCCCUCGCCUCCAUCUCCUCCACCAUCCUCUUACACGUUUACCUCUAAUGAAGUUUGAAUCCUCAAUUCGGCAAUGUCGACCAAUCCCCAUUUUCACUCGCGUUUUUCCUUUCAAGCUCAAGUACGCCUCCGUGUCGUUCUCUUCUCGCUCUUCGCAAAGUUUCAAUGGAGUCCGACGGAGCGCCGCUGCUAGGGGCUCCGAGAGAGGAAGCUUUGGGGACUCUAAGAGUCUUGCUGAGGAUGAGGCUGAACUUAGCGAUUGGGUUAGCGACUUGAAGCCCAGCUCGUUUCGUGGACGAAUCACGAGCGAUGAAGAUUCGGAAGAUGACCGUGGGCGUGGUAGAGGAAGGGGAAGAGAUAGGGAUUGGGAGAGGGAGUCGCCACCGUUGAAGAGGGGGAGGGAUCGACCAUCGUACGAGUUACGGGAGUCGUCAGAGCGUCGGAGUCCUCGAGGCCCUUCAAUGGAGUCGUAUCCGAGGAGUUCGCGGAAUGUUCGGCGACCCAAUCGCGAGAAUGAAGACGAGAGAGAAGACUUCCGCUCCCGCAGCAAUGGUCGUGUAUUUCGUAGAGAGGAUGUGGAUUCUUCGCGUGGAAGGGGACGUUUGACGAGAGAGAUUAAUUCGAAAAAUCCACGGAUUCCAAGUCGCGAGAGUUUAGGGAGAGGUGGAAGGGAUUCUACGAAACACGUCCGUUUUGUAGGUAAAGGUGAAAGCGAAGAAGAAGACGACGACGACGACGAUGACGAGGGACAGAAAAUCAAAAGUGGUGUUAGGGAUUUUCUCAGCGAUGAAGAUAAUGCCAGCAACGACGAUGAAGAUGAAGACGAUUCUCUAUUGAGAAAAAGUACAAGUGCUUUGUUCCCAUCUGGGGCGAACGUGAGCGACAUGGAUCAACCACGAAAGUCUCCAGGAAGUUCUGGCUCGUAUUUGAGUGAAACUAGAUUCGAUCAGUGCUCGGUAUCACCAUUGUCAUUAAAGGGUAUCAAGGAUGCUGGUUACGAGAAGAUGACUGUAGUACAGGAGGCUACACUUCCUCUAAUACUGAAAGGUAAGGAUGUUCUUGCCAAAGCAAAAACAGGGACCGGAAAAACUGUGGCAUUUUUGCUUCCCUCAAUUGAAGUUGUUGUGAAGUCUCCACCUACUGGUAGUGAUCAGAGGCGGCCUCCAAUUCUUGUUCUUGUUAUAUGCCCUACCCGAGAGCUUGCCACACAGGCUGCCACAGAAGCUAAUACUCUAUUGAAGUAUCACCCAGCUAUUGGCGUUCAAGUUGUAAUAGGAGGUACAAGACUUGCCCUUGAACAGAAACGCAUGCAAGCAAACCCUUGCCAGAUUCUUGUUGCAACCCCUGGAAGGCUAAAAGAUCAUAUAGAGAACACUCCAGGUUUUGCUACUAGACUUAUGGGUGUGAAGGUCCUUGUCCUUGACGAAGCCGAUCAUUUAUUAGACAUGGGAUUUCGCAAGGACAUCGAGAGGAUUAUUGCUGCAGUUCCAAAACAGAGGCAAACUCUUCUAUUUUCUGCCACUGUUCCAGAAGAGGUCCGCCAAAUCAGUCACAUUGCUUUGAGAAGAGAUCAUGAAUUUGUCAAUACAAUUCAAGAAGGAAGUGAGGAGACGCAUGCACAGGUGAGACAGAUGCAAAUAGUUGCUCCACUGGACAAGCAUUUUAGUCUGCUCUAUGCUACUCUUAAAGAACAUAUUGCUUCUGACGUUGACUAUAAGGUUCUUAUAUUCUGCACAACUGCUAUGGUCACGAGAAUGGUUGCCGACCUUCUUGGUGAGCUGCAAUUGAACAUUAGAGAGAUCCAUUCUAGGAAACCACAGAGUUACAGGACCAGGGUUUCCGAUGAGUUCAGAAAGUCGAAGGGCCUCAUCCUUGUAACUUCAGAUGUUUCAGCUCGUGGAGUCGAUUAUCCCGAUGUGACCCUUGUCAUACAGGUUGGUUUGCCUUCUGAUAGAGAACAAUAUAUUCAUCGCCUCGGUCGAACUGGACGCAAAGGCAAAGAAGGGCAAGGCAUAUUGUUGCUAGCACCUUGGGAAGAGUUCUUUUUGUUUACAGUUAAAGACUUGCCUAUAUCAAAAGCUCCAUUGCCCCUAGUCGAUCCAGAAACAAAGAAAAAGGUGGAACGUGCUCUAGCCCACGUUGAGAUGAAGAACAAGGAAGCAGCUUACCAGGCAUGGCUUGGUUACUACAAUUCAAACAAGACGGUCGGGCGGGACAAGUUUCGGCUAGUCGAACUUGCCAACGAGUUCAGUCGAAGCAUGGGACUGGAUACUCCUCCUGCCAUUCCCAAACUAGUACUUGGGAAGAUGGGUCUCAAGAAUGUCCCUGGCUUGCGCGUGAAAUAACUUGAGAGAAAACGUUUCUUGAGCCGCCAGAAAGCGAGGUAGGUGAUAAGAAACGAUUGUUUUUCUUUUCAGCUGAUUAAUGUAAUUCAUUCUGUUUUAGAUUGUAGUGGUUUAAAUGAGUAAAAACUUCCAAGUUUUAAAUAUAUAUAUUCCUAUAGGUUUGCCUUUGAAAUCUUCCAAUUCAAGAAUAGAUUCUUCAGUUUUGUAUUAUCCCAAGCUCUUCUAAAGGGAGUUUUGAACAUUUUUGCCUAAUCUAUUAGACAAUAUUGAUGAAA